CUCCUAUCUCUCUCCCACUCCAGGGAGAAAGUUGAGACAAUUACUGCAUACUUUCUUUGCUGAGUCGAUGGCUUCCAAAGAACUGGGAUAACUGCAGAAUAUGAGUAGAUCCCCAAGAAGAUUGCACUGCCUUUGGCACAAGCAUCAGAAUAAAGUGAGUUUAUUUCUUGUAUGUCAGACACUGUCCUAAUGCCAAGAUUAAAGAACAUAUUCUCUGUCUUUAAAUAACAGAGUCUACAGAGUCUCGAAAGAGACAAAGAGUUAGCUGAUGCAUAGUAUCUAGAAGCCUCAAACCCAGUGGUCUCUGGGCUGUACCCUGCCUAUAGAAUCUGUCAGGUGAAGGUGUAUUUUUGCUUUAUAAUUUGGCUAGAAGCAGUUUAUUUUUAAAGAAAGCAUGUCUCCUCUGAAGAUACAUGGUCCUAUCAGAAUUCGAAGUAUGCAGACUGGGAUUACAAAAUGGAAAGAAGGAUCCUUUGAAAUUGUGGAAAAAGAAAAUAAAGUCAACCUAAUAGUUCACUACAAUACUGGAGGAAUUCCAAGGAUAUUUCAGCUAAGUCAUAACAUUAAAAAUGUGGUGCUUCGACCCAGUGGAGCAAAACAAAGCCGCCUAAUGUUAACGCUACAAGAUAACAGCUUCUUGUCUAUUGACAAAGUACCAAGUAAGGAUGCAGAGGAAAUGAGGUUGUUUCUAGAUGCAGUCCAUCAAAACAGACUUAAUGCAGCCAUGAAACCUUCUCAGGGGUCUGGUAGUUUUGGAUCUAUUCUGGGCAGCAGGACCUCACAGAAGGAAACCAACAGGCAGCUUUCUUAUUCAGACAAUCAGGCCUCUUCAAAAAGAGGAAGUUUGGAAACUAAAGAUGAUACUCCAUUUCGAAAAGUUCUUGGCACUCCAGGUAGAGGAUCGAUUAAGACUGCAGCAGGAAAUGGAAUAACUGUCACCCGGACGAUUCCUUCCUUGACAUCUACUUCAACACCUCUUAGAUCAGGAUUACUAGAAAAUAGAACUGAGAAGAGAAAAAGAAUGCUGUCUGGCUCAGAGUUGAAUGAAGAUUACCCUAAGGAAAAUGAUUCAUCAUCGAACAACAAGCCUAUGACAGACCCCUCAAGAAAGUAUUUAACCAGCAGUAGAGAGAAGCAGCUAAGUUUGAAACAGUCAGAAGAGAAUAGGACAUCAGGGCUUUUACCUUUGCAGUCAUCAUCCUUUUAUGGUAGCAGAUCUGGAUCCAAGGACUACUCUUCUGGCAGCACUAAUAUAGACAGGACUAAUGCUUCAAGCCAAACUCCCUCUGCCAAAAGAAGUUUGGGAUUUCUUCCUCAGCCAACUCCUCUUUCUGUUAAAAAACUGAGAUGUAAUCAGGAUUAUACUGGCUGGAACAAACCAAGAGUGCCCCUUUCCUCUCACCAACAGCAACUGCAGGGCUUCUCCAACUUGGGAAAUACCUGCUAUAUGAAUGCUAUUUUACAAUCCCUAUUUUCACUCCAAUCAUUUGCAAAUGACUUGCUUAAGCAAGGCAUCCCAUGGAAGAAAAUUCCACACAAUGCGCUUAUCAGACGCUUCGCACACUUGCUUGUUAAAAAAGAUAUCUGUAAUUCAGAGACCAAAAAGGAUUUACUCAAGAAGGUUAAAAAUGCCAUUUCUGCGACAGCAGAGAGAUUCUCUGGUUAUAUGCAGAAUGAUGCUCAUGAAUUCCUAAGUCAGUGCUUAGACCAGCUAAAAGAGGAUAUGGAAAAAUUAAAUAAAACUUGGAAGACUGAACCUGUUCCUGGAGAAGAAAAUUCGCCAGAUAUUUCAGCCACUCGAGUAUACACUUGCCCUGUUAUUACUAAUUUGGAGUUUGAAGUUCAGCACUCAAUUAUCUGUAAAGCAUGUGGAGAGAUUAUUCCCAAAAGAGAACAGUUUAAUGACCUCUCCAUUGACCUCCCUCGAAGGAAAAAGCCACUCCCUCCACGUUCAAUUCAAGAUUCUCUAGAUCUUUUCUUUAGGGCAGAAGAAAUUGAGUAUUCCUGUGAGAAGUGUAAUGGGAAGUGUGCUCUUGUCAGGCACAAAUUUAACAGGCUGCCCAGGAUCCUCAUUCUUCAUUUGAAGCGAUAUAGCUUCAAUAUUACUCUCUCACUUAACAACAAGAUCGGGCAGCAAGUCAUCAUUCCCAGAUACCUGACCCUGUCGUCUCAUUGCACUGAAAAUACAAAACCACCCUUCACCCUUGGUUGGAGUGCACAUAUGGCAAUUUCUAGACCAUUGAAAGCCUCUCAAAUGGUGAAUUCCUGCAUCACCAGCACUUCUACACCUUCAAAAAAUUUCCCCUUCAAAUCCAAGAGCUCGUUGACUUUGAGCCUUGAUUCAGACAGUGAGGAUGAACUAAAACGCUCUGUGGCCCUUAGCCAGAGAUUUUGUGAAAUGUCAGGCUGUGAGCAACAGCAGGAAGACCUGGAAAAGGAUUCAAAAUCAUGCAGAAUAGAGCCUGAUAAGUCUGAAUUGGAAAACUCGGGAUUUGAUGGAAUGAGCGAAGAAGAGCUUCUAGCAGCUGUUUUAGAGAUAAGUAAGAGAGAAGCUUCACCAUCUCUGAGUCAUGAGGAUGAUGAUAAACCAACCAGCAGCCCAGAUACCGGAUUUGCAGAGGAUGAUACUCAAGAAAUGCCUGAAAAUUCAGAUGCUAUGGAAACAGAAAAACCCAAAACAAUCACAGAGCCAGAUCCAGCCAGUUUUACUGAGAUAACUAAAGACUGUGAUGAGAAUAAAGAAAACAAAACCCCAGAAGGAUCUCAAGGAGAGGUUGAUUGGCUUCAGCAGUAUGAUAUGGACCGUGAAAGGGAAGAGCAAGAGCUUCAGCAGGCCUUGGCCCAGAGUCUCCAGGAGCAAGAGGCUUGGGAACAGAAAGAAGAUGAUGACCUCAAAAGAGCUACAGAGUUAAGUCUUCAAGAGUUUAACAACUCUUUUCUGGAUUCACUGGGUUCUGAUGAGGACUCUGGGAAUGAGGAUGUUUUAGAUAUGGAGUACACUGAAGCCGAAGCUGAGGAACUGAAGAGAAAUGCUGAGACAGGAUACCUUCCUCAUUCCUAUCGGCUCAUCAGUGUUGUCAGUCACAUUGGUAGCACUUCUUCUUCAGGUCAUUAUAUUAGUGAUGUUUAUGACAUUAAGAAGCAGGCGUGGUUUACUUACAAUGACCUAGAGGUGUCUAAAAUCCAAGAGGCAUCCGUGCAGAGUGAUCGGGAUCGGAGUGGUUACAUCUUCUUUUAUAUGCACAAGGAGAUCUUUGAUGAGCUGCUGGAAACAGAAAAGAACUCUCAGGCACUCAGCAUGGAAGUGGGGAAGCCCACUCGUCAGACCUUGUGAGGAACAGACUCCUAGGUUGGCAGUGUGCACUGCAUAUUCUCCUUACUGUCACCCACCUUACCUUCCUCUGCCU